AUGGUGAACAUGAAAAAACGCUUGCUCUGGGAUGCAGAAACUCGGUUUCGCGUCAACGGCAUUCCCUGUCGCCAUUCACUGUGCAGCCGCAUCGCCCGCUUCAAGGCUGGAAACUGUCCAUACUCCGCCAUCCUGCAGGAGUUCCCAUCACUCUUGAAGCCAUGUCCACCCGUGCAUGCCCGUCCUCGUCGCCUGGCCCCCGAGCGCCUCACCAUUGCGAAAAAGGAAUUCGAACACAUGCUCCAGCUUGUAAUCGUACGGCCUUCUUCCAGCAGUUGGUCAUCAGCCUUGCACAUGGUGCCGAAGAAGACCGGGGAUUGGAGGCCGUGCGGCGACUACAGAGCCCUUAAUGACAUCCUCGUUGUCAGCGGGUCCCCCGAGGAGCACGAAGACCACCUUCGCGCGCUUUUCCAGCGUCUCCAAGACUUUGGCAUUGUUGUGAACGCCGCAAAAUGCGAGUUCGGCAAGCCAUCGCUGGAGUUCCUCGGGCACAUAAUCAGCAGUGACGUCAUCCGCCCUCUCGACCACAAAGUUCUUGCCAUACGCAACUUCCGAAUGCCAACAUCACUGCGUAAGCUGCGAGAGUUUUUGGGAAUGGUGAACUUUUAUCGACGAUUUAUUCCCGGCUGUGCACGCAUUUUGCGACCUCUGACCGACAUGCUGCGCGGUACGCCCUUUUCAACGCCGUUUUCGUGA